AGUACGGCGGCACAAAUAUCGUCUGUCUGCGUGUCUUUUAAAAGUGUUUAAACGUUCCUCAAAGUUGACAGCUGCAAGCAUGCAGUCCGAGUCGGGAAUAGUUCCCGACUUCGAGGUUGGAGAGGAGUUUCAAGAGGAGCCGAAAACGUAUUACGAGCUGAAGAGUCAACCCUUGAAAAACAGCCCGUCAGACCAGCACAGCUCCUCCAAGCCCCCACUGAGCUCCUCGGCCAUGACAUCACGCAUCCUCUUGCGGCAGCAGCUGAUGCGGGAGCAGCUUCAAGAGCAGGAGCGGCGAGAGCAACAGAGACAGCAGGCCUCGCAGUACCCACAAAGCACCGUGGCACAGACCCCUGCCAUCAAUGUCAGCGUGACGGCCAGUUUGCCCCCAGCUGCACAGGUGCCCAUGGAGGUGUUAAAGGUCCAGACUCACCUGGAGAACCCGACCAAGUACCACAUCCAGCGCUCCCAGCAGCAGCAGGUGAAGAGGUACCUGGGAAAACUAGGCUCUCAGGCAUUGAGCUUGCCCUGCCCCAACCAGUCCUCUGACCACGGGGGCAUGCCGCCAGGGCCGGGCAACAGCGCCCCCAACAGCCCUAUGGCCUUACUGACCCUGAACUCUAACUGCGAGAAAGAGAUGGAUGAUGUCAUUGAUGACAUUAUUAGUCUGGAGUCCAGUUACAGUGAUGACAUCCUCGGCCUGAUGGACCCAGGACUUCAGAUGGCCAACACGAUUGCUGUUCCUGCUAACCUCAUGGACAUGUAUGGUAACCAGGGUAUGUCCCAGCAAGGUCUGCCCAUCAGCAACUCCUGCCCUGCCAACCUGCCCAAUAUCAAAAGGGAAUACUCUGUGUCACAGUCCCCUGCCAUCAUGCAUAUGCUGGAUAAGUCAGGAUCCUGUGGCAAAUUUGACAACUAUCAAAGGCCUGAAGGGUUCCCUGUGGAAGCAGAGGUAAGAGCAAUGGCUAAGGAGCGGCAGAAGAAGGAUAACCACAAUCUGAUUGAAAGAAGAAGACGGUUUAACAUCAAUGACAGAAUCAAAGAAUUGGGAACUUUAAUUCCAAAAUCCAAUGACCCGGACAUGCGCUGGAACAAAGGCACCAUCCUGAAGGCCUCGGUGGACUACAUCAGGAAGCUGCAGCGGGAGCAGCUGAGGACUAAGGAGCUGGAGAGUCGCCAGAAGAAGCUGGAGCACGCCAACCGACACCUGAUGUUGAGGAUACAGGAGUUAGAGAUGCAGGCGCGGGCUCACGGUCUAGCCAUCGCAUCCUCAGCUCUCUGCUCUGCUGAACUCGGGGCCCGGACCAUAAAGCAGGAGACCACCCUGGAGGACUGUCACCAGGACCUGUACACGCUCCACCCCCACCACCAACACCACCCCGCCUGCACUCCAGAGCCGCCCAGUACCCUGGAGCUAAACGAGGGCCACUCUAACUUCCCCGAGGGCCACUACAGCGUCCACAGCAAGCCGGGCUCCAAACUCAACGACAUCCUCAUGGAAGACACCUUAUCCCCCGUGAGAGGGGGGGACCCUUUGCUCUCAUCCGUCUCCCCAGACGCCUCUAAGGACAGCAGCCGCAAGAGCAGUGUGAGCAUGGAUGAGAAUGAGCAGGGCUGUUAGCACCCCCUACUGGAAGACACCUCAUCUGCACCUGCAACCCUCUUCCUCUUCCUCCUCCGCCCUGCUGUUCCUGUCAGCAGCUCCACUCCAGACUGCUGCACCAGUUUCCUGUUGUUUGUCUUUAUUUUUGUUUGUUUGUUUGUUUGUUUUCUCCCCUCCUUUGUUUACAUGUUUGAAUCUUUUCCAUUUUUGUUAGUUUUUUUUUUAUAAUAUCUUUAUCUUUUCAAGCCCUCAACCUUGAUUUCAAGGACUGAUUAUGAAGUAACAUUGCUUUGAUCAACACUUUGAUGACAAUGAGAUACAAAAAUAGAAGUUUUUAUAUUAAAAAAAUAUGCAUUUAUCUUUGGAUAGAGGCUUGAUUAUGUUUAUUUCUAUUGAUUCCAAAGAAUCUAGGGAAAUCAUGGUCAGAUGUGUAGAUAUUUAACGGUGAGAUGAACACUGCUUUUAAAUCACUAGCAAUAAUAGAAGAAGAAAAACUAUUUAUUACUCUAGUGCUUUACACUCCCUGUGUCUUAGAUUAAACUUGAAUGUGUCGAUGCCUUAUCAGAUGUGUACGCAUCCAUGUUGUUUUGCUAUGCACGUUAGCUGCGUCUUUGUCAGUCUUCCAGUUGAGAUUUCAUCCCUAAAAGUAGUAAUCACUUGUAGAUUUGAUCUUAUUUAUGUCUUUAUAUAAACAGGACUUUUUGUACACAUUCCCCAGAAGAAUCGAUAACAAGGCGUUUAAAAGAAAACCCUUGUAAGAUGAUAAUAAAUAAGAAUAUGAAGUUUUAAUGUCUAUUAAGGAGGUGAAACAAGCAAAGUUCAUCCUGAUAAUGGCUGAUUUCAGGCUUUAUUCAGAGUCAGAAUAAGUGAGAAGCAGUGCCUCCUUUAACCGAUUAUUCCUCACUGCUUAAAAACACCAAAAACCUUAACAAAGAAUUGAAUCAAAGAUUUUUGUGUGUAUAUAUUUAAGUCUGGAAACUAUGAAAAUCUUGGCUCAAAUCAAAGUUAGAAAGCCUGCUGUAGCCCUGACACAUGCACACAAAGCUGAUUUCACUUGAUAGAUCUGAUUGUUAAAAAUAAUCCAGUAAAUUAUUUUAAUAAUCUGAUUAAUGUGAGAAAAAGAUGAAUCACUUCAGUUUCUGAUUGUAUUGUUUGUCUGCAGUGAUCGGACUGAACAGAACCACUGCACACGGUUUAACGAGCGCUCACUUUUUAUACUUGUCCAUCCAUUUCCUAAAUUAUUGUACUUUUUUUUUUUUUUACAACACUGUGGUGACAUUUCACAUUCAGUAAGCUUUUUUCAUGAUGUGAACAUUUGUAUUGCCAAGGAGUAUAAGGAGACUGCUUUUGUAUGAAAUGCAUGACAUUGUCAAACACUGGAAUGACCUCUGUUAAACGUGGUUUGUACGCCUUUUUUUUUUUUUUUUAAUCGAAGCAUAAACUGUUGUACUGGCUCUUUAAAUGCAUACAGAGUAUUGUAUGAGACUGUAGAUUCUUUCUGUGUGCCAUUGUUGUUAUAUUUCAGCAGAUUGUUUUCAGCAGUUGUAGCACAUUGCAUAUGUAUGCCUUUGUUAAAAACCUACCUGCAAUGUAUUAGCUGCGUUUCCACCAAGUGGUCUGGUUUAGCUUGGAAACAUAACUGAUCUUGACUGAUGAUGCCGUGAUCCUGCAGAGAAUGUAGAUGUCCUUGUGGGGGCUCUUAACUUGCUGAGUGAGGAGGCUGAAGCGUUGGGGAUGCAUGUCUCCAGGGCCAAAACAAAGAUCUAGGCAUUUGGGGAUGCCUUGGAUGCUGCCAUUGAAUAAGUGUCUGUGGAUGGUGAGAGCAUGGAAGUUGUAGAGCAGUCCACCUACCGUGGCACCAUUGAUCAACUACAAGGCUGAGAUAAACCGCAGACUUGGACUUGCACAUUUGAAGGGUUUGCUGAGCAAGACAGUGUGGCAUUCCCGGUAUCUGAGCACACAGAUGAUAGCCAGAGUCUUGCGGUUCUUCCGGUCUUACUAUACACUCUUGAGGCCUGGACGUCAUCUGAUGGUCAGAGGCGUUGGCUAGACUCCUUUGUGAGAACUUGUCUUGGGCGCAUCUCUGGGUAUCAUUGGCAAAACCUUGUGUCCAAUGCUGACAUGCUCAGGAGAGCAAGGACGGGAAGGUGUCAUCUGUCUGAUACAGGAACAGCAGUUAUGCUUUUGGUCAGUACGCUUGUAGGUCCACUCAGUUUUGCUCAUAAAGUAAGCAGAAAAAAAAGAGGUUUCCACAGCUGUUUAUGGUAACAAAAUGAAUAUCAGAUCGGUAAUGACAAAAAGAAUGAGAUUCCAUGUUCAAGUGGUCAAAUUGAGAUGGAGCUUGAAGUUGUGCUGCUGCUCCCUUGCAUCAAAAGGAGCCAAUUGAGGUGGUUCAGCUAUCUUAAUAGGAUGUCUCUCUGUUGAGGUCCCCUGGGCACGUCUAACUGGUAGAAGACCCCAGGGUAGACCCAGGGGUCACUGUAGGGAUAUAUGUCUCAUCUUGCCUGGGAACACCUUGGAAUCCCUCAGGAGGGUUGGAAAUUGUCGUUGGGGAGAGGGAUGCCUGGGUUGGAUUGCUUAGCCUGCUGCCACCACGACCUGGCCCAGGAAAAGUGGAAGAGAAUGGAUGGAUGUAAAAAAAUCACUCUGUUAUAUUAGGCUACUUUUAUUUACCUGCCCCACAGGCAUGUAAGCUAUGCAAAUCCACCCAACACUGCUCGGUACCUGCAUUUGGCUGGUGGCGGUUGCUUAUUUCCCACUGUGAUUGGACAAAAUACAUAUGCAAGUGUGUUCAAUGUUACUAACCUGAAAGAAGACCAGCAGGGGAGAGGGAGGCAAUUAGGCAUGAGCAUGGACCAAAAAGAGCCCUUAAUAUCACAAAAUAUGGAUCUUGAGAGAAUAAUGACAGAGCAGUGCACCAUGCAUAACCCCAGAGGUUCAGACUUUCCUAUAGAUCAGCGGUUCUCAAACUUUUUUCUGGGUCCCACUUUUCAGAAAGCACAAGCCAUCAUGACCCAACAACUUUGUUUUCUGUACAUUAUUGUUUAUCCAGUCUGCCUUCUGCGCCGUCCUCGACUGGUUUGUUGAGCGAAUGGCUGGUGCUAGCUUGGAUAACAUUAAUCCUGGACUCAAUCUGGUCCUGACCUGGAGCUUUCUUCUUCACAGGCUGGAAGAAGCCACUUCACCUCUGUCACAUAGGCCUUCUUUGCAUGUUCAGCCCCUUAGGCCCUCAGUAGCUGUCUGAUCUUGAACAAUGAGUUUCCUUUUCGUUAGCCAAGCAUCCAUGACGGUAGCUCUGCCGCCAUCUAGUGGCUGGUAGAGUACUGUUUUGUGUUUGACUGUGGCGGAGAGGGCCAGUGUACUGCAAGCAUAGAUGUCACAUUAAAUACUGCAGCAAAGAAAUUCUGAAAACUCAUUUGGCUAGACAAGAAAGUCUCCGUAACCCAGACCUUUGUCCCAACCCAGACUUUGGGAAUGAGUGCUAUAGAUCACCUUUCAAAUAAGGGUACAUUGAGCUCAGACAACACAAGCAAGGUUAGGUUUUAUUGUACCAAACUGUCCCGAUCCAAACCAAACUGCUUUGUGGAAACGCACUAAUUGAGAGCUCUGUUUAAGCUCAGCCUCCGUUUUUUUAUAAACUAUGCAACUGUUGUAGACAAUGUGAUCUCCUUAUGAAUAAGUCUAAAAAAAAGUUAAAGUAAUAAUCGUUUUGAUUGAUUUAAGUGCCUUACACUUGUUUGUUCUGUUGACCUGUUGGUGAAGGAGGAGUUUUAGACAAUGAAACAACAUUUUGUUGUUAUUUAUAAUGGUGUUGGUGCUUCGUGGUUACACUGGAGAGCCAAGGUGCAUUAGGAAGUCGAAGGAAAGGGCCUUUUGUAAGAACAAGAUAUCACUUAAAGUCUCUUAGACUCACACUGCAAAAACAAAAUCAAAUUUAAGCAAGAAUUGGUCAUUUCUGGUCAAAAAUAUCUCAUUGCACUUCUUAAAAGCCACAUUUGCCAAUAAGUUGAGAUAAGCAUUUUUGAUGAUAAGUGAAACAAAAACUGAGGCCUGAAUUACUUUAAAGACACUGCAUUAAGAAUGUCUAAGAAAAUCAGGGAUAUGUGCCAUGAAGUUUAGAUUGAGACGGGACAUUUGCUUUUUAUAUUUGAAAUAAGAUCUGGACUUGUCGAGUGGGUUUGGCCUACAGUAAGUCUAAUGGGAUAUUUUGAAUAGAAACUAGACUAACACGCUUGCUUAGGUUUGACUGUUGCAGUGAAGAACCAGAUGAAAGGGUUUGUUUUUAAGGAAUCCUAAAGUGUUCAGUAUUAAAUAGUUAAUUCUUUAAAAAAUAAUCAGACAUUUUAACAAAGUAGAGAGAAUAAAUAAACAAUGGAUGUCAAAAAAAUGUGAGAAAUUAUUCAGUAACCUGUGAUUACUAUUUAAUGUUACUUAAUAAUUCAUAGUAACAUUCUUGUGUUUUGCUCGUUUAAUCGUGAUUAUUUAUUUCACACAUCUUUAUUUGAUAUUGAACACUUUGGGAUGGCUGUGCAUUUUGUUUUUUUAUUAUUAUUGUGAAGACAAAGUUGAACUGAAUAUUUUGCAUUCUCUUUAGACUAGCAUGAAUGUAGCUCAAAGUGAUGACUGCCAAAAUGUGUUGUUGCCAAAAUCAGAUACAGAUAGUUUAUUUAACACUAUGAAAUGCAGUUUUUAACAGUGUAGCUAAAGUGCCCAUUACUGGUGUUACCAAUAUCUCAACAGAAGAUGUUGUUAGAGUUCAAUACUGCACUUAAUAAAGUAGUUUAACAAAAAAGACUGCCCAAAGACGACUUAUGAUAGUUUUUUACUGCUUUUGAAUGUCUUUAUUAGCAGACAGAGACAGUAGGGUUGUCACAACUCACUUUUGGAACAAUAUUAGUAAAAUCUGAUGACAUCAGUACCUGUUUGCAUCCAAUACUUGGUAAUUUCUUGUUCUUUUAACCAAAAAAAUGCAAGCAAACUUCUGCACAAUAGCUCAAUAAUGACAUUUUUUUCAUUAUCAAAACAUUACUGAUAUUUUUGUGCUGUUUCUCCUGCAGCAACUUUU